GUCAUCGAGUCAAUGACGUCAUGAAUUGAACAUCUUCAAAGCAUACGGAGUUGACUGUGGAGCUCCUACCUCUGAAUGUCAAUUGAUGACGUCACAUGUCCAUGGCUAAUUCACUAUUCCCGCCAAAUGACGAUUGUGCCACAUGCGGUUACUGUCUCUCGUUUGUUUUGUAUCGGGCGUCUCUCUCUGCUUCACUGAUACUCGAAGACCACUGAUGAAUUUGUUUGGACCUACUGACCAAUCAGCGAGACAUGAAACGCCACUCACACAGCAGCCGAGGAACAUGCGCAGUAAGAGAAGUGCACAUCUUCAAGGCUUGGCAAACAAAGAUUGGGAGGUGUCGUGGACAUCGCCGACGCCUAAAGCUUCGGAUUCAUCAGACUCAUACGAUAUUGACGACUUUCAGGUCAUUAACCGCGAGGAGAUUCUCCGCGCCAAGCACCUCUACAUGAAGAACAUUUUGAUGUAUGUUGGAAUAACACUGGGUGCAGUAUUUCUAUUUGUCGUCAUAGCUUUCUGCUUUCUUGUAAAUCCUAAACAAUGCAUUAUCGCCUUCGGAACAGGAAGCCCAUGCUGUCUGAUUAUCUCCCCUUGUAUUUUGAAAUGUGUUGAAAAGUUCCUUGACCCUGGAAAAAUAGUUCAAGGUCAAAUGAACCGAUACGUGCCAGGCGUAGUUAUCGAUGAGAAGGGCAAGGUCGCAGAGACAUACGAGCCGACACCGGAGGAACUACAGGCGCUGCAGGAACUUGUUGAAGAGGUCAUGGACAUGGUGUAGGUCAAGGUCAUAGGGUGGCAUGACGCGUAGAUCAGAUUUAUAUUUAUGUACUUGAAAUGUAUCAAUCUAUACAAUCAUAAUGUGA